CUACGAACAUAAGAAACACAGAAGCCCCAUUUCCACCAUUUUGGAUCAAACACAGUUACUCUUUCUAAACAUUCAUCAAUGGCGGCAUCUUCUUCUCGUCAGAUCUUCCGUUCCAUUCCCCACUCAUCCCCAUCCCAUUGUCUCAAAACCUUCCUCCGAUUUGAAACCACUUCAUCCUCAUCAUCCCCUUCAUUAGUAACAACAAAACCUUCUUCUUCUUCUCAUCAUAAACAUGAACAAGAAUAUUCAGAACCGUGUAAUUUCUUAGGAAGUUGGAAGGCACCAAAAGACCCAAAAGAGGCACAAGCAAAAUUAGGGCUAUUAAGAAGAGAUUAUGCAAAACAAGUUAGAGAACUAAGAAAGGAUUAUUUCAAUGAAAUGGAAUUACAAAGACAAGAGAAACAACUUAAAGAUGAAGCUAAAAAAGAAGCAAUUCGUAUUGCUAAACAAGAACGUAAAGCUGCUAAAGCUGCAAUGUCUAAAGCUAGAGCUGCUGAGAGACAGGUUUUUGAAGAGGAAUUUCGUCAAACCCUAAUGAAAGAGCGAGCUCAAAAUCUUGAUAGCUGGAGACUGAAAGAGAGAGCGAGAGAGGAAAAGAAGCUUGAAAAGGUGAAAGAACUGCGCAAGCAGAGUUCUGUGUGGAUUGAGGAAGCUGAUAUGGAGAAAAAGAUCCUCGAGGCUAUUGUUGACAGUAAUACUCUCUAAAGCCUAUAUUAUUGUUCCCGAAAGUCCCUGAAUCUGUUUAGCUUUGUUUUUUCUUUUACUAAUUUAUUUCUAAAACAUCAACAAAAAAUAUUGGGAGCUGACUUCGUUUAUGAAGCUCUUUUGGUCAUAAAUGUGAGUUAGUUAGUUGUUAUCUGUAUGUUACUUUCACUGUAGCUGUGAAAACCAAUUUGUUACUCUUUGAUAUCUGUACUUUCCAAAUAGCAUACUAGAUUUCAUCUCUUCUUUUUUAUUAAGAAGGUGAUCAUGGGGGCUGAUGGUUUGAUGCACUGUAAUAAAUAUGGCUGAUCCUAUCUAAAUUUUGAUGUGUGUUUUUCCUCUAA